CACUUUAAACCUUAUCGCAACCACAGAUGCUGCACGAGCUAAUAUGGAUCCCGAGUACUCCAAAGCGUCAACAAGUGUCUUCAAGAAAUGUUCGGCAAUUUGGAAUAAGCAAGGACAGUCUGUACGUGCAGCCGAUAUUGUUAAAAGCUACUGUGGUAUCUACUUAACACGACCUGUGGCGACGCGGUGGAACUCUUAUCACGAAGCGCUCGAGUGUAUUCUUCGAUUAGUCAACGAGGGUAAAGACAUCAAUGGACUGUGCCGAGCCUUGAACGUCCCAGUGUUCCAACGAGGCGAUGACUUCAAAUUUAUUGAAGAAUACUGCACAGUGAUGAGCCCACUGUGUGCUGCACUGGAUAUUCUCCAGGGGGACAAGUACAUAUUCCUCGGAUAUCUCCUUCCGACCAUAACAGUAUUGAUAAGAAGACUAGAAUACGAGGGCAUGAAGGGGCUCAAAUUCUGCAGGCCUUUGGUGACUGCGGUCCUUGAUGGGAUUCAGAAAAGGUUUGGCCAUCUGAUGGAGGACAAAGAGCUCCUCCUCGCUGCAGCCGUCCUUCCCCGUUUUAAACUCUCGUGGUUGAAGGACGUGACUCAGCACGCGGCUGUCAUGGAUAUGCUAAGAAGGGAGAUCGCAAAUAAUUCUGCAGCGAAACCCCGCCACACCCCCGUCGUAGUCACGAGACCUCGUGCUGACGAUUUUUUUGCGUUCGGCGACGCAGUAAGUGCCUCAGAAUCCACAGCAUGUACGGAAGACGACGAGCUCACGGAGUACCUGCGGAUUCCUGAGGAUUACGACAUUUCGAAGAUGAAAACUGAUUUUCCUCGUGUACAGGGGCUCUUCCUGCGAGUAAAUACCGCGGUGCCCUCAAGCGCAUCAGUUGAACGGCUGUUCAGCACAGCGGCAGAUGUGUUCACAAGAAAGCGCACAAAGCUCACGGAUGUCAACUUUGAAAAACAAUUGCUACUAAAAUGCAACGCAACCUGAUACAAUGCAGAAAAUAAAAUGUGCGUGUUUUUAUGUA